CUGGCAGCAAUGAAUUGGCGACUGCCAAAAGAGGUAGUAGGUGGUCAUGUGACCAAAUCAGAGGGCUACGGGGCAAUCCGGGGGAAAUUAAUUCGAGUCGAAAUUGCGGUGCCGGAGGUAUGGGGUGAGCUCUGCGGCAACUUGGCUGCUCGUUAAUUCUCUCUGCGCGACUGCCACUACCUUUGCUUUACACCACGACAGCCACGGUCCCAUCCUGGCUGCUCUCUUGCCGGUGCUGCGUCCCUCCUUGGCGCCUCGCCAUUUCUGAGGCCCUUUGCACCCCGGGUUAACGAUGCUGCCAAAGGUAGCAAAUUCCCUUCUGCACCAUACUAGCCGUGCCGUCGCCGCAGCCCAGAAUCAGACCGGACACACUAUCAGGAAUGUCCUCCAGCUCCAGUCUUCGACCAACUCCCCCACCGCUGGCGGAAACCUAGGCGGGUGGAAUGGAGCGUCAUCCUCGAAUUCGGGCUGGAACAGCCAUGGAACGGGUUCUGGAGGCGCCAAGUAUCACGCUGGCAGUCGUCCAUACACCGGCUACACGGGAGUUGGUCGCGUAAUCACGCAAGCCGAGCCGAUCUCUACAAACGAUAAUGGGCAGAGUCGCAGCGAUGAUCAGGAGGAAGGUCCGUCUGCCUCUUUCAAGCCUUCUCCGCGAAGAAAGAGCACCUCGCUCGUCCUUCAAGAGCACCGCGCCAAGAAAUUAGCCGUGUUGCGGACCGUUUACCCUCACUCUCGUUCCCGGCAGUUAUUCACGGAUCGCGCUGUUGGUACAUCAACGCUGUCCAGCCAGGCAACGGCACUUCUGCUCCCCAAACCAUCCUCAUAUCAACUGUCUGUCCGCUAUGAAUCUACGGCAUCCAUUCCAGCCGAACUUAGCGAAUAUCUGGAUCUGCAGACGCCUCCGCCAUCUCCCCCUCAUUCGUCCUCGGUCUCUGCAGUUGCUGUGGACUUGACGGUCACGGGUCUGCCGACACCUCCACCUGAAGUCAGGGAGGAGGAGACGUCAGAGGCGGAUCAGGCACUCUCAGAAAUCUUCGUCCAGUCUCAAAAAGAGCGUUGGAGCACAUCGCUUGUUCAGCAAGAAGUCCGUAAGCUAAGUGAACGCGUCCCGGCUCCGCCUACUGCUGUAUACAAUGCUGCACUGUACGCCCUGCAUAUUGCCCGAAAGCCUGGAGAGUCCUUGCAAGGCAUAUUGGACGUCUACAAUGAAAUGUUGGCGCGGUCGGUUCUUCCCAACUUCAGGACGUAUACGACGCUCAUCUUCGCGCUCACUGACCGUGACCAUGAGAUCUGGAAAGCCAUCCAGGGCAUCGAGAUCCGCAUGCGAUCGCGCGCAGCGUUCGGUGCUCGCCAUUCCCCGGCGCAGAUAGCGGACGAGGAGCGCAUCGCGGGCCUGCGUGCGGAGAAUAACUUCCGAUCUGCAAUGACGCUCUUCCAGACGGCAUGUUCGAUUACGAAGGCAAAGUUACCGUACCAUGUGUACGGGCAGCUACUCGAGUCGUGCGCGUACCACAGUAAUGUUGACGCCGCAAUUCACGUUUUUGGGCACCUUGAGCGGCGGAGCGACGUCCAGCCCACGGCAGACAUCUUCUAUCAUCUUCUCUCCGUUUAUGCAAACGUCGGCGACAUACAAGGUGCGAAGGACAUCUUCGACGAAUUCAGAGAUGCGUGCAAGACCGGCCGCAUCGAUACAUCUUCGCUGGAGAGCGGGGUCGACGGCAUGCCGGAUAUGGCAAAGGCCUUCAGCGAGCGUGCGGGCCGGAUCGCGGUGUGGAAUACGAUGAUCAAGACGUACAUCUUGGGCGGACAGCACACGGCGGCCCUUGGUCUUCUGGAACAGAUGCUCGAUUCGCAGGCAGGAGAGGCGCUCAACGUCGCAGAUAUCCCCCCACCUGCUUCGUCCACGUUCUUUCGGGUUAUCUCUGCCUUCUGUACGGUUGGAGAGGUGGACACGGCGCUAUCAUGGUUUAACAAGCUUUUGGAACAGAACACCAGCCCUCGUCACCCGUACGAGCCCUCAACGACACCCAGCCGGCCGGACUUCAGGGCAUGGCAGGCAAUGCUGGAGGCACUGGCUUACAACGGCCGGGUGCAGGAUAUGAACCGGCUUCUUGGACGCUUUUUUGAGCUCACGCCAGUUGAUAACUUCGCUUUGUUGGAGGGCGAGCGCAGCACGAUGGUUCAAGCAAAUCUAUAUUACUUGUUGACUCACCCGGAACUGGAUAAGGAGGAGGCCGUCUCGCUUCUGGACUUUGUGGUCGACACCAUUGUCAAUCAGUACCUCGUCGUCCUGAAUUCUCUCCUGGAGAGCGAUCCCUCAAUCUCCCUGGCUACCAUAAUCGCGAGAAAAUACUUGGAGUAUGAGCAGGUCGACAAAGCGAUUCAAUUUGCCGAACGGUUCGUCGAGUUCGAGAUUGGCAAGGGACGGGAGCAAGCGGAUGUUGGGAACAGUGAAUCAAAGGGCGCUCUGUAUAGGAUGCAGUCCGCUCGGCUAUUCGUGAAACGCUUCAUAAUGGACCUGUUCCCAAAACAUUCACAUGCGGUCUCGCUCAAGCAGGCGUUGGAGCUCUGCCUCGUAUCUGAUGCAAUAAGCGCGCUCCACUAUGCUCCGGCUCGCCAACACUGCCUCCAAGCGUAUGCGGCGUCCAGGGUCGCUGCGCGCUCUGACUUGACUUUGACGGAAUGGCGUGUGCUACUUUGGUUCGCUCUCGCGGCUAAGCCUGAGGAGAUGCAGGGUAUCCCGUUGUUGACUAUCCUCGACGACAUGCUCCAGCAAGGCCAUAAGAUGUCAGAUCUCGAGAACCGGCAGCAGCUCCGCAUCGUUCAUGAUUUGCUCGAGACCAACAAGCCUGUUGAGAUCCAGCAACGCUUGGGUUACACCGAAAACCAAUUGCAAACUAUCCUCAAUUCAAUCAGCAACUUUAGCCCGAGAGUCAAUGCGGAACCACAAUUGUCAGAGGACUUCACGCCGGCCGAGGAUUCCUUUGCACACGUGCGUAUCGACGUUGGGCACAGCAAGUUCGUAGACGAAUUCUUCCCUUUCAACGCGCACGUUUCGCCCCUGCAGGCGUAUGUGCGCUACGAGAUGGGCACAAAGGCAGGAGUUUAUCCGCGACCCGAGGUGAUGGCCCGCCUCAUCAGCGCGCUCGGGCGGCAAGGUGAGAUGGAGAAGAUGCAAAGAAUAUACCGCGACGCGCAGAUGGUGCUGGCAUCCAUGGAGGAGACCAAGCAGUGGCAGUCACUUGGAUGGUUCCUUAUCGAGGACCACAUGGUCAUUGGGCUCGCGCAUUCAGGCGACAUCGACGCGGCGCACGUGCACCGGAUGCGCAUUCUCGAGCAGGGUGGGACGCCGUCCCCAGACGCAUACGGCGCACUGAUCCAUAAUGUUAAGGACACGACGGAUGACGCAGAGAACGCGACGGCACUAUUCCAGGAGGCUCUCUCGCGUGGCGUGCAGCCGAAUAUUUUCCUGUACAACACUAUCAUUUCGAAGCUGGCGAAGGCGAGGAGGGCGGACAACGCGAUUGCGCUGUUCCAGGAGAUGAAGGCGAAGCAGGUGUGGCCAACGUCGGUGACGUAUGGCGCGGUGAUCGCUGCGUGUUGUCGAGUGGGCGACGCCACUUCGGCGGAGACGCUAUUUGCGGAAAUGGUUCAGAUGCGGAACUUUAGGCCUAGGGUGCCACCAUACAACACGAUGAUGCAGCUUUACACGCACACCAAGCCCGAUCGCGCUCGCGUCCUUGCCUUUUACAAAGCCAUGCUCGACGCCCAUGUCACCCCCACCGCGCAUACGUACAAGCUCUUGAUGGAUGCAUACGGCACAAUUGAGCCAGUCGAUGCCCAGGCAAUGGAAGAUGUGUUCGAAAUCGUCGUCUCCGGACCUAAGCCUCUCGUACAGGGCACGCAUUGGGCAUCGCUGAUCAACUCUUAUGGCUGUGUACAAAAAAACCUUGACCGCGCGCUCGCGGUAUUCGACUCAAUCGCGAACCAUCCUUCCACAAAACGCACAGGCGCGGUGCUGCCUGACGCAGUCGUGUUUGAGGCGCUCAUCAAUGUCCUGGUGACACUCCGCCGCACGGACCUCUUACCUACCUACAUCGAACGCCUCACGUCGAACGGGAUCCAUAUGACUGCGUAUAUUGCUAAUUUGCUGAUCAGGGGAUAUGCGUCUGUUGGGGACAUCGCUCGUGCAAGGGAUAUCUUUGAGAACUUGGCCGACCCUCCGGAAGGUGUUGCAGCGCCUCAUAAUCAUGCUCCUCAUGAUAGCGAAGCCACCGUUACUGAAAAUGUACCCGUCAGCGCCCCGGUAUAUCGCGAGCCUUCAACAUGGGAAACCAUGGUUCGCGCGGAGCUAGGCAAUGGCAAUCGCGAUCACGCUGUCGCGCUCCUAGAAAGAGCACAAGCUAGAAAAUUCCCGCAAGCGGUGUACAACCGCAUCAGCGGAAUCAUGCUCGACGAAUCGGUGUCUCCUUGGGCCACUGCUUGAGUUAACGUCCCACCUCCUUCCUAGGUCCGGCUCCUUGGUGCAUCGGUGCUGCUUUACACCCAUAUAUUACUGUAUUCUCAAUCUGUAUGUAGAUUAUCGUCUCACGUAACGCCGGUUUGCAUGAGUAACAAGCAACAAGUAACGCGCAUGUGCAUGUUUAUGAUUGGACUGAAUAUUACAUCAGGACUCGCUGAAUUCCCCGGUGUUGUGCGCAUUGGCGUAAUAAAUCGUAUUCAAUGUUGUUCUAGUCUGUUGCAU